UGUAGUCCCUGUGACAAGAGAAGUGUAAACAAACAACAUGGCGAGGGUGGCAUUCCAUGUCAAGAUCUCUGAAGGUUUUGGUUAUUUUAACAACUAUGAAAAUGCCUUACAAGAAAUCCAGUGUUUCCAGAGAGACACUGGAACCUACUUCUGCCAGGCCUGGAGCCACAUGAAGGAAUAUAACCACCAAGAUGUGAAGCCUGUUGCACACAAAAUUUUUUGGAAUGAUGGUGAAAACAGCAAAAUUAAAAAAUGCCACUUAGACUAUGAUGGAAUACCAUACAUUGUUCUUGGAAGUCGCAUAUAUGAUUGUCAGUAUGGUGUUGAUCGUAAUUUAAAUCAUAAACGAAGAUAUAAGGAGGCUCAAAUGAAGGGUGACAAUUUGUUCAAGAAACGCUACCAUCGCAUCCCAGGGACCAAGAAACAAGAUUGCCCAGCACAAAUUUAUCUCCGAGACAUAAUAAAAUUUCCAAAUUUCAGAAUAACAUCUAAUACAGAAUACUACAGAAAGAAGGCAUCUUCUCAAGUGCAGAAUGCCAUAAAAGAAGGAAAUGCAUGUGGAGAAAGAAGGACGUAUGUACACUUUCCCUAUAUGUCCGAUCAUAAAAAUCAUUGUGUAGAGGAGGUACAGGGGUUGAAACAUCCCAUUGACUCAAGAGUUAAAAAGAAGAUACAAGACUUAGUUGCUGAAGGGAUGACUGACAGUAAAGCUCUUAAAACAGCCCUUCGACUGUUUGUACAGACAGAGAUAUUUGCAGGACAGGAUUCACCAUCAAAAAGCAAUCGGCAUUUCUUUCCUAGAAAGUCAGAACUCGAAAAUUGUGUCAGUUUGGCCACAAUUAAGCUAAGAAUAUCAGAAUCUGACCAGGAAAAUGUCAAAGCCAAAAUUAGAGAAUGGCAGGAGUGUCAACCAGAGGACAAAUUUUAUUUCAGACCUUAUGCAGAUGUCAAAGAUGAGGCUUCAUUUCACCCUUGUGAUUAUGGCCAGCAGUUGUUGGUUGUACAUCAAACUAAAUGGCAGUGCCAGUUAUUAGAUUGCUAUGGCCAAGAGUUCUGUAUUUUGGAUGGGACAUACAAGAAUCUGGAGAAUUCUCUACCACUGUUUUUCCUGGUUGUUAAGACUAAUGUUGAUUAUCAAGUUGCUGCAUCUUUUCUGGUGCAGAGUGUAACAGAGACAGCUGUAAAAGAGGCACUUAAUGUUUAAGAAUGGAAUCCUAAAUGGAAGCCUUCAGUCUUUAUGUCUGACUUUUCAAAAGUAGAAAUUUCUGCUAUUGAAGAAUCAUUUAAUAAUGUAAAAGUUCUACUUUGUGACUACCAACGUGAACAAGCAUGGGAGAGAUGGGCACUAAAUGCUGAUGGUGGUGUUUAUUCAAUAAAAGAGGAAGUUCUUUUUAACCUAAGAACACUAGCUCACUCCAAUUCAUUACAAGAGCUUAGUGAAGCAGAGAAGCACUUAUUCAACAGUGACCUAUGGUUAAAGAACCAAAAGUUACGAAAGUGGUUUGGAAAAGUCUGGCUUCCUGAACAUCAGAGAUGGGUCUGGGCAUACCGAAAAGAUCACCUUCCUGACAUCAACACCUAUAGUGGGAUCAAACAACUUAACGAAACUUUCAACUAUUUCUAUACGAAGAAUCCACAUCAGCAUGCUCUUAGUGGAUUGCUUGUGGUUCUUGUGAAAUAUUUUAUACCUGAUUUGUACACUAAAUAUAUACAGAGAAGUGCUGAAGAAGAAAUAGAAACCAGCAUUCCAGAGGAAUCACAGACGUAUGAGCAACCUGAAGAAAACUUUGCACUGAAAUGUCGUGAAGUGAUUGACCAUAUCCGCAGUUAUACUUUCCUCUUGGAUGAUCCAGUGAUACUGAAGGAACUCUAUGAAUCUCUCUUAAUUGCAUUUGACACUGUUUUAGAUUAUGCUGAGGGUAAAAGGGGAUCCUCAUCAAGGGAGAAAGAACAUAAAUCAAAGUUAAAUCAGAUCUUGGAUUAUGAAAAUAAAUCUUGCCUCAAAUUAUCACAGGAAAGAAAGGAAAGGUUGAGAGUUCCAGUACAGGAAAAUGCCUGUGUAAGUUCUGAAACUUAUGAAGUAUUAGCACCCAUUGAGGAUAAUAAUAAAUUUGGUGAUCUUAUAGUUGGGUCAGAAUGGACUCAUCCUGAAAGUGAAGGUGUCGAGGCUUGUGUUGCCUACGAAACAGUUAUGGAGAGUAGUAACUGUGAAAUGGCAAUGGAAUCAGUGCAAAGUGAAGAAACUAUGCACAUGAAACCAUUGCAUAUCAGUAGAAACUCAAAUGUAAACCAGCCCUUGGAAAAUGAAAAAAGCAUUAUCAAAGUCUGUGUAGGGGAAAAGUCGUGUAUAAGGCCUAGGAUUUUUCAAGUUCUAGUUCCAGUUGAAGAGAAUAAUAAAUUUGAAGAGAUUGAAAUUGUUGCAAAGGAAAAACCAACUGUUACAUCAGAAACUUACCAGGUUUUGGUACCUGUUGAAGACAAAAGUCAACUUGGUGAUUUUGUGGUGGAAUCAGACUGGACUCACUCACAAAGUAGCGAGGUAGCAUCUUAUGUGACCAUUUCAGAUACUAGUCAGAGAAAGAGAAAAAGAAUAGCAAAGGGGACAUCUGUUAAAGUGGAAAAAGUAGAGGAUGAUGAUAAAGCACACAGAUCUGCUAACAGUCUUAACAAAUCACAAACAGUUGAUGGAUUAGAUAUGGCUAUAUUCAAAGCUUCCUUGUGAAAAUUAGGAGACUCUUGAUAGACCUAAGCAAUGAGUUGAUAUACACCACAACUGUUUCAUGGAAUUGUCCUGAAAACCAAAGCAUGUUUUUCUACCUUUUCCCAUGCUCUCUCGCCCAUCCCCUUUCUACCCAUCUCACCUGUCGCCUCUUCCCAUUCCCUCUUCCUCCAAGGCCCAUGCCCAUUCUUCACUUUCCGUGCCCUGCCACCCCUCCUCUUUCCACUUACCCCCUUUUGGAUCUUUCAGCACUGGUGAGCUCUGCUGCCUCUACCACAUACCAUGUAUUGCACUUUACAACAUAAUUCAGAGUAUUUAAUAUAUGGUAUUUGUAUUCUCAAAUUUCUUAAGGUACAUGUCCUCUAGGGGAGGAUUCUUGAUACUGGUGAGAGGCUCUUGAUCUAAGGAAUUGGACCUGCCCUCUCGUUCCUUGGAUUGAAUCUAAAUGCCUUUCAUCCCCAGGUGCUGUAUAACCCUUGUGGGUUUAGCACUCUCCAUAACUGCAUUUAAGAUGCAUAAAAUUAAUAUAUAAUAAGGCUACUUAAAAUAUUUCAAACUGAAGUUGAUCAAGGGUGUGUUAGCUUAUGAAAUAAAUUUAAAUCCCAGAACUAAUAGGCAUCCUGCACUGUAUAACCUUGGUGGUUUAGGGCUUGCUUUUUUAUUAUAAUAAUAAUAAUCAGACCUGCUGAAAUAACUAGUUUUUAUUAAAAAUGACUUUAAAUUUUUUUAAUUUGACUUGCCAAAUAUUCUAAAGUAAAAAAUAUCUAAUCUAAGACAUUCAGAUCAUGCAAAGCACCUAGUGAUAUACAUCAUUAGCUACAGUGUCUUAUACUGCACCUAGUGACUGGUACAUUACUGAGUAUAGUGCCUUAAACAGGACAUCUAAGGUCUUUCUUUCAAUGCCCCUGCUGUAUCCCACUGAAGCAGGGUGGCUCAAAAAGAAAAACAAAAGUUUCUCUUUACAAAUUUAGUAAUGUAUACAGGAGAAGGGGUCGCUAGCCCCUUGCUCCAACAUCUAAGGUAUAUGCUGUAAUUUAUUUUUUCCAACAUGAUGGCUACACAUGGUGCACACAUGACAGCUGCACAUAACACGAUAGCUGCACAGCACACAUGACAGCAGCACAUAACACAGCUGCACAACACACACAUGACAGCUGCACAUAACAUGAUAGCUGCACAACACACAUGACAGCUGCACACGACACACAUUUAGGAAUAAAUUAUGGUAAGUAUGGAGAGAAACUGGAAAAUAAUGUAAUGCAGUUUUUUAAUGAAAAAUUUAUAUUAACCAUAAAAGUAAAAGUAGAUUGUAAGUUACCAGAUUGUAUCCGAGUUUUCAAAUAUACGUAAUUCUAGUUA